AUGUUCAUAUCCCAUGGUAUGAUAACAAUAAUUUGUUUAGUGAUUGUGGUGGGAAUUAGUGAUUUAAUUUCUUUUAAGAAUUUGAAGGUUAUUAAUGCAUUUAGAAUAGUAAAUAAUUAUGAAAAAAAAAUAUUAUUUUUAACGUCAAACCAUUAUAGGAAAAGGGGUAAGAAAUAUGAUUAUGAAAAUGAUAAAAACAGGAAUAUUCAAAUUAAUUGUGCAAAUAAAAGUCUGUAUGAUUUUAAGUUAAUAGAAAGAAAAUGGCAAAUCAUAUGGAAUUCCAAACAGUUAUUGGAUAGAGAUUUUAAAAGGUUUAAUAAAUAUAUGGAAAAAAGAGACAAUAAAAGAUCAGUGGGAAAUUGUGAAGAAAAAACAUAUAGUAUCAAUAAUAAAACUGAUAAAAAUACUAAGUGUGAUAUGAAAUAUAAAUAUUAUAUACUUGAUAUGUUUCCAUAUCCAUCAUCAUCAGGGUUACAUGUAGGGCAUAUUCUAUGUUUUACAAUAACAGAUAUUAUAAGCAAAUUUAAAAGAAUGAAUAAAUAUUGUGUUUUUCAUCCAAUAGGAUGGGAUAGUUUUGGGUUACCUUGCGAUAGAUUAUCCAUGAAAUUAAAAGUUGAACCUAUAAAAAUUAUAAAAAAAAAUAUUUCAAAUUUUAAAAAUCAAUUAAUAAAAUUAGGGUUUUUAUUUAACUGGGAAAAUGAAAUAAAUACUUGUGAAAAAAAUUAUUUUAAAUGGACACAAUGGAUAAUUAUACAAAUGUUUUUAAAUAAUUUAGCUUAUAAAAAAAAAUCAUAUGUUAAUUGGUCUGAUGAGCUUAAUUGUGUUAUAUCAAAUGAUGAAUUAAGAAAUGAAAUGAAUUUAAAAAAUUUAAAAAUAAAAAAAAUAAAAUUAUUACAAUGGUAUUUAAAAAUUACAAAAUAUGCAAAGAGAUUAGUUAAAGAUUUAAAAUUAAUUAAUUGGCCAGACAAAAUUAAAAAUAUGCAAAAUAAUUGGAUUGGUAUAAAAUCAGGAAUUAUUAUAAGAGCAAAAAUUAUGGAUGCUAAAUAUUUGAUAAAUUAUUAUUCCAAUUUUAUAAAAAAAUUAAAAAUACCUCAUAUAUAUUACAACAGUGUGUAUAAUAAUUAUUUCCUUAUUCUUUUGAAUCGUGUUUAUAGUUUUAUGUUAGGGCAUAAAAAAUUAUAUGACUUUUUUUUAUCUGAAAGUGAAGAUAUAAUUAGUAGUUUGAAAGGAAGUGUUGUAGAAUUGUGUAGCAAAAUAGGCGUCGUUAGUUCCUAUGAAAAUAAUGAAGAAAUAAAUAUGUCAAAAAUUUUACCAAAUCAAGAUAAUACUUUUUUGGAAUUUACAAAAAAAAUCGAAAAAUCAGAUAUAGACAGAUCAAAUGAUAAUUAUGUAAAUAUAUUUUUAACAAAAAAAGAUAGUAUAUUAGAAAAUGAUAAAAUAAUUAUAAGUGUUGAGCAUCCUGAUAUUAAUAAAAUUAUUAACGGCAAUAAAUUUUUAGAAAAUAUAAUUAAUGAACAAAUUUUACAAGAUGAUAUGACCAGAUUAAAAGAUGAUCAAAUAUAUUUUUCAGGGUCAGUUUUUUAUAACCCAAUUAUUAAUAAGUACAUACCCAUAUAUAUAUGUUCUUGGAUUUUGGAAAAUCAUAAAAAUACUCUUUUUUUUUUGGAAAAAGAAAAGACUGAAAAAAUGGAAAGAAAUAAGAAAAACGAGCUAAUAUAUGAUCUUAUAGCUAAUUCAAAAUUUAGUAAAAAAAAAAAUAUAUACAACUUGAAGGAUUGGCUAUUUUCGAGACAGCGAUAUUGGGGUGAGCCUUUUCCAUUUAUGUAUAAAACUGAAGAGAAAAAUGGAAAAGAAUAUUUUUAUAUGGGUGAAAAAAAAAAAAAUAAUAAAGUUCAAAUUAAAAAGGUAAAAAAUAAAUCAGAAAAUGAUGUAUAUAUAAAUAAAAUUCCUGUUUGUCUCCCCAAGUUUGAUAAGAGAAUAUAUGAUGUAAACAAAAGUGAAGGGGAAUCAAAUUGUGAAAAUAAUAAUGCGCAUUCAAUUCUAUCUAAAUUUAAAAAUUGGGUAUAUUUAAAAAAUGAAAAAGAUGAUAUUCUAUAUAAAAGAGAAUGUGAUAUAAUGCCACAAUGGGCAGGAUCUAGUUGGUAUUAUUUACGUUAUAUUGAUCCAAAAAAUAAAAAAAAAAUUUUUAAUAAAAAAAAAACAGAUUUUUGGCUACCUGUAGAUUUGUAUGUAGGGGGAAGUGAACAUGCAGUGCUCCAUUUACUAUAUUCCAGAUUUUUUCAUAAAUUUUUAUAUGAUCUUAAAUUAAUAAAUCAUAAAGAACCAUUUAAAAAAUUAUUUAAUCAAGGAUUGUUAUUAAAUGCUGCAUCAUUUUAUUUAUACACAGAUUUAAAAAAUCGUUUGAUAAGUUUUGAGAAUAUUGGAAAAUUAUUAAAGGGGGAAAAAAAAAUGGAUAAAAUUGAAAAUACAAAGGAACAUGAUGAAAUAGCGAAAGAAUUAAUUAAUGGAAAAAGUUAUAAAAUAGAAGGAGAUAUAAUAAAGAAAUAUUUAAUUGAUGAAAAAUAUGUUGUUGAAAAGGAAAAUAAAUAUUAUUUAAAAAAAUUAAAUUCAAUACAAGUACAGCCAGUUUAUGAAAAAAUGUCAAAAUCACGAGGAAAUAUAAUUAAUCCAGAUGAUAUAGUAAAAAGAUAUGGGGCUGAUUGUUUGAGGUUACAUAUUUUAUUUCUUGGUCCAAUAAAUCAAAAUAAAAAAUGGACAAUCACAGGAAUUAAUGGAACAUUCAAAUUUUUAAGCAAAUUAUACAGUUUGUUUAUUAAAAGAAAAGAGGAAACUGGUUAUUCAGAAGACGAAAAUAAUAUAAAGAGGAAAGGGGGUUAUAAAUUAAUUUGUGAAAAUUGCAUAGAAAUAGAAAAAGACAAGAAAUUAAUUUUAAAUUUUGUGAAAAAGAGGGCAAAUGGAGCAACCAAAAAGGUAGAAAAAAGGGUAAAUAAAAUGAUAAAAAUAAUAAGAAAAAGAGAAGAUAAUAAUAUGGUAUUAUCUAAUAUUAUUAAAAAAAAAAAAUCGGAUGAAAUCGAAAAAGACAAAAAAAUAAUUGCAAAUUAUUAUAUUACACAAAUAACAAGUUGUAUAGAAAAUACUCGAUUAAAUACUGCUGUUUCAUUUUUUAUGAAAUUUUAUAAUGAUAUAAAAACAUGGGAUUAUAUACCAUUAAAAAUUUUUUUAAUUUUUAUAAAAUUGCUAUAUCCAUUUUGCCCACAUAUAAGUGAAGAGUUUUGGCAUUGUUAUUUAAAAAAAUAUAAAGGGAGAGAAAAAAAUGAAAAAGUAGCAAAAAAAAUAUGUUAUUUUUGCAACUCGCGUUCUUUGUUAUUUUAUGCAAAGUGGCCUUCUUUAUUUCAAAUAAAAAAUAAUGAAAAAUCUGAAAACAUUUCAAUACGAAUAAACAAUAAGCAUAUUGCAUUUAUUAAAAAUAAUAGUGAAAGCUCAGAGCAAAACAUAAUAGAGGAAUCAACAAAUAUGAUAAAAGAUUCCAUAGAUAAAGAAAUAAAAAAAGGGAAAAAAAUCAUUAAUAUUAUAAAUGUUCCUGAUAAGUUAAUAAAUUUUGUGAUAGUGUGA